GUGGCACACAAGGCGACCAAAGGAGAGGGAAAAGGAAUCAUCAGAUCUGAUCAGAUUCUUCUCAAUCAUCAGAUCACCUAUCAGCUAUCAGGCCUAUCACCGCCAUCAAGUCGCCAACUUUCACUCCCUGCCCUGCUCUUCAAGGGUCCGUAUAUACCGACGUCCGACAUCAACCGGGUCGUCGCUCGCCCCACGAUAAAUCUUAUCUCGAUCUCACUCGCGUGGUGGGGCUUCCGGAAUCUAAAAGGUCGACCUCGGUCAACAGCUGAUCAAGGGGACGAGCCCAUCGACAAGGUAGGUGAUAGGUGUGUUGUGUGUUUACCUCUCGUGGCUUCUCCAUGCCUCCACGAUGUAUUUCGCCCUCCAUACUGACUACGAUCCUGGACGACGAUCUAGCCGCGAAAUCGAAAGCCAGCUGGAGUCAUCAGGACGAAGUUGCAACCCUCACCAAGGAUGCGAUCCCACUCGACGAACCACGUCCUUCACCUCUACGCCCUCCUUUCCCUUGCCAUCUCGCCGCUCCUGGUCGUCUCCCAAAAGACAUGCUCAAACUACGGGACCCCUUCCUCGACCUCCCCGGAUACAUGCAUCUGCCCGCCAGGGUUCUUGAACUCGACCGAUUGCCUGCAACCGCAGUGUGGGGGGAACUUGUUGGAUGGGGGCACGGGCACGGCGCCAAUCAGCCAGGCGGGAGGCGGGUUGGGCAACCUGACUGCAGGAGCGUGUGGAUGCGAUCAGGGUUGGGACGGACCGGUCUGUAGCGUCUGUACCUCGACCCAGGCGUGCACCUCCCUCUUUCCGUCCUCGGACGAUUCUGCGACCUCGCCCUCGGCCCUCAUCUCCAUCCCCCAAAAUUCCAACCUAUCCUGUUCGUCGGCAGCGUACACAUAUGCUUCGUCCCAAUUGCUUUGCAACGUCUUGAAUCCGACCCUGCAGGCGGUCUUUAGCGGGAAGAGCGAGUUGGGGAUCACUAGGACCGUGGAUCCGGCGGAUGGACCGGUGGGCAGAGGAAAUCGGACGAGCGGCGCCGGCUUGGGGACCGGAGUCGCGUAUGCGCAGUUGUGGUAUGAUGGGAUCGAGCAGUUCAACUGCCGGGCCACGAGCUGUUCGCAGUCAGACUAUUCUAGCACGUCCAACUCUUCCACCUGGACGUGCGAAAACUUGUCAUGUACCUGUCUCCCGGGAACGACGUUCUGCAGCCAACUAGGUAACGUCAUCGACGGGCUCUCCGGUCCGCUCGAUAUCACCUGCAGCUCUCCUGCCUCGACAUCGACAGCGACCGAGUCGUCUUCAGACGCAGACGCGCUCGGAAGCUGUUCGUUCUCACAAGCGUUGUUGAAGCAGCUCUUCCCUCCCGACGGCCUCAGCCUGGUAGAUUGUCUGUUUGGGGAAUGCAUCUCCCAGACCGUCGUGGAUCAAGUUCAAGGCAACGUCGUGCCUACCACCGGGUCGAGCGGAGAAGACGGCGGGGACGGCCUGUCGGGCGGGGUCAUUGCCGGGCUGGCCGUCGUAGGCGCGAUCGUCCUGGCGAUCCUCGCGCUCUUGAUCUGGGGGAUCACGAAACGGAACAAGGCCAGAAAGGUUUCACCGGCCGGGAUGGGGCUGGACGAGUCGGGUCUCGGGAGGAAAAAGGGGAUGGGGGCGGGGGUCGAGUGGACAGGCGUUGGGUACCAGUUGAAAAGGAAGUCGGGGUCGAGGGCAUGGCCUCGUACCCUCAAUUCCAACAUCGGUCCCGCUGGCUCGAAACACGAUGGAGGCAAGGGCAAGGUCAUCCUCGAAGGGGUCAGCGGUAAGAUGAGGCCCGGUGGGCUCUGUUGUGUUCUCGGACCGAGCGGGGCGGGCAAGUCGACUUUCGUGGACAUCCUGGCAGGCAGAAGGAAGACGGGUGGCAAGGUCGUGGGCAAGGUGGAUUUCUUCGGCCAAGAGACAAACGAGACGGGCGGGAAGGGAACCACACAUCGGGUCGGGUUCGUCGAUCAGGAAGACGUUCUGAAUCCGACCUCUACCGUCCGUGAGACCUUGCUCUUUGCGGCCCGUCUCCGACUUCCCGAAUCCGUCUCAGACAGCGCCAAACAUGAACGCGUCUUCAAGGUCAUCAACGACCUCGGUCUGGUCGACGUCGCCGAUGUCAGGAUCGGUGAUGGACUCAAACGUGGCGUGAGCGGUGGAGAGAGGAGGAGGGUCAGUAUCGGGGUCGAACUAGUAGCUGCGCCCGACGUCUUGAUAUUGGACGAGCCUACGAGUGGCCUGGACUCGGUAUCUGCUGCCAAGGUUGUCGCUAUCUUGCGGAACCUCGCCCACGACGUCGAUUAUCCGACCACCAUCGUCGCCUCCAUUCAUCAACCGUCUUCUCGGCUCUAUCAAUCCUUUGAUACCGUCUUGGUCUUGGCUCAGGGAAAGCAGGUAUACUUUGGACCGGGAGGUCAUGCCCCGGCGGAAUACUUUGAUCAGAGGGGAUUGGCGUGUCCGCCUGAUUACAACGUGGCGGAUCAUCUGCUCGAGAUCGCUAGUAGCCCUCCUGGAAUUAUACAACGCUUGGUAGAUGGUGUAUCAACGCGAGGCCAGGAGGAUUCGCCAAUCAAGGGCACGGCGAUUCGAUCCCACGAAACGCCCGGAAUCCUUGAGAAGGGAGGCAUGGCAUUUGACGGAACCGUGCCCACCUUGAACGGGACUCCGACGUCGGUCUCAAAUGGCAGCGGGUCCGACUCCAGUGCUUAUGAGGAUCGGGAAGGCAACGUAAUAGUGCCGAUAGCCUCGAAGAUCAGUCAUCGUUGUGCGGCGACAUUCUUUACUCAGGUAGAAGUCCUUGCCGGCAGGGAGCUCAAAAAUUUGAAACGGGACUGGUCGUUAUUGAUCACUCACGUCAUCACUGCCGGCAUCUUGGGCGUCUUUGCUGGAGGUCUCUACUUCAAGGUCGACCUCUCCAUCGCUGGGUUCCAAAAUCGAGUGGGGAGUCUAUUCUUCUUGGGCAGCUUGAUUGCCUUUUCGACCCUCAGCGCGCUGUACAAUCUGAUGAACGUUAGAGCCCUAUUCUUGCGAGAACGGGCUGGUUCCUACUAUUCACCCUUGGCUUGGUUGCUUUCGCGCAUCUUAUUCGACUUGAUCCCCUUACGUCUGAUCCCCACUAUCAUCGUCACUACCAUUGUCUACUUUAUGGUCGGCCUGAACUCGGAUGCGGCGAGGUUCUUCAAGUGCCUGUCGAUCUUUGUGGAAUUUUCUCUGAGCCUUACGCUUUUCAACAUGCUGCUUGCAGCGGUCUUGCCGAAUGGAGGCAUCACCAUCCUCCUGUCAUCGCUUCACAAUCUCUACCUGAUGACCUAUGCUGGAUUCUUCGUCAAUCUGAGCAAGAUCCCCCCCGUUCUCAGGUGGCUCAGAUGGUUCAACUGCCUCGGUUAUGCCCUCGAGGCAAGCGUGGUGAACGAAGUUGGCGCAGAACUGGAGAUUGUGGACACGCUCGCUGCCGUCCCAGUCAGGAUCUCGGCGACCUUGAUCAUGGACACCUUGUUCGGGUUCGGACUCGGUCAUUACUACCGAAACGUCUUGGUUCUUUUCGCAUUCAUAGCCGGGUACGGGACGCUUCUCGUCUUGGCUGUAUGGUUCUUGAUGAGGGAGACUCGGUAGUGGACUUGAGGAUCCAAGGAUGUUUGUUCUGUUUCGCCUGCCGUUGUAUGUUGCGAGGGUAUAGUAUAGUCCCUGUAUUACAGCUCGUAUCUCUACUCGCUACUCGGAUAGCCACAUGACGCCCCGCUACACCACGCGCAAAUUACGC